AUGUCUGUUCAUACAAGUCCUAAGAACUCUUUCUUAAGUUCUGCUCGUACAAGACCAUAAACAGCUGUGACGAGUCCCAGAAGACCUUAACUAUAGUAAAAAAAUAUCAAAUUUUAGAUUAUCAAUUCCAAAUGAUGAUCAAGAUCAAUAACAAUUAAUAAAUAAAUAUACUGCUACUACAAGUCUAACACCAAAAAGUUUGAUGAAGUUAUAAGAAAGGAAAGUUAAUGUAGGAGUAAGAUCUGAAAAUGUAUCGUGUAAUUUAAGGGUUACAAAAGAAUAAGCUGAAAUUGAUGCACCAGAUGAUUAUUUUGAAAAAGAAGUUUAAAUUAAUUAAGAUGAAUAUGAACAAUUCAAAAAGAAUUUUCAUAGAAUUGUUUUUGAUGCUUUUGGAAAUUAUAUUUACACUAAACCUGGACCUAUUGAUUAAGAAUUCAAACUUUAAGUUUCUGUAAUAUUUAUUUGUAAAUAAAGUCAGCAUUAAAUACCCAUAAACAUACUUCAAGUAGUCUCAAGAAAAAACUAUAAAUAAAAACUCAAAGUUUUUAACCAAAAAAAACUAUUGAUAAUCUAUUAAAGAGUACAUCAGAAAUGGCUAAAAUGAAUCCAAGAAGAAGAGCUAUUUUAGAAAUCAAAUAAAAAGCAGAAAACUCUCUUUAUUAAAUGAUUAAUAAUCUUGCCAAAGAAAAGGUAUUAAGCGAAUCUAAAGCAUAAUUAGAAUAAGUAACAUAGUAAAUGCUUAUUUAUAUUGAUAAAUUUACAAGAGAAAAGUAUCAUAUUAUCUAUAAUUAGCUAAGAACUUGUGGAUUAAUUAGAAAUGGCUAAAGGAAAAAUAUUUGAAUUAUAAAGUUCAAAUGAAAGUUUAAAUUUUAAGAAUAUUCAAUUACUUAAAGAAAUCAAGCAUUCCAAAUAAUAAUUAGAUGAACUUAAGAGAAGUACUGUUGAAAUUGAAAAGUUUAUUCCAUAAUUUAAUAUUAUGACUAAAAGAUUUGAAAACUUUCAGGCUGAGAAAUUCAUAGAUAAAUAUGAUUAUUUUGAAAAUUAAAAUCUAGUGCUUACUAAAAGAGUUUCAGAUUUAGAAUUAGAUAAUAUUUAACUUGAAAAAUAAAUUUUACAUCUUUAAAAGGAUUUAGAAAUCAAAUAAUAAAUCAAUAAACAUCAAUAUGAUAUGAACUUUCAUUCAUCUACUAAUAAAUAAGAUGUACCUGAUUAAGAAUACGAAUAAUACAAAGAUAUGUAUUUGACCUUGUUUAAGAAAAUACUAGAAAUUUAUAGUGAUUGGACAAAUAAAACUAAAGCUUUAUUACCAGACAAAAUGGAUGGAGGUCCAAGAGCAAAUUUAGUUGAACCAUUAGAAAUGUUAUAAAAUAUGGAAAAAAUGAUAACUAUUUCUUCUAAUGAAAAACUUUAAUCCUAUUUAAGAAAAAUAAUUGUCAGUGCCAAUUAGUUGUAAAGAAAAUAUUUAACUGAAAAUGUCAAUGAAAAAUUUGAUCCAGAUAAAAUCUAUGAAAGAAUUAUUAAAUUAGUUGAUAAUUUAAAGGCUUAAAUUUCUAAUCUACAAUGCUAAGUUCAGAGCUACAAAUAAACUUAAAAUGUAUUUAAUCCUUAUUUUAUUUAGUGUUAAACAUAAGUGCAAACCUAAAGGUCAAAGUCUUUUCUACAUGAAAAAGAAUGA